AAAACAAGACGGAAGAAGAUGAAGCGAGCGUUUCGCUUUCCUUUUAGUUUUCGACGGUAACUUGUCAUGUCGGGCGGCUAUCUUCUUGUAGUUAUCUGUUUAUCAACCAUCCAAUCCACGUAUCAGGAACUAGCUAUAGAAUCAACAACUCAAAUCACAUACGACAAAGGAGAAGACGUCACCUUGACCUGCAACGUCACCUGGUGCAAGAAGAUAGUGUGGAAAAGAUGGUACAACCCUGUCCCAAUAUCUAUCGGCAAGAGGAUAUUUGUGAAUCCUGAGAAAUAUGCUUUACAAGGGAACCAGACUGACUUUCAACUGACAAUCAAAUCUCCGCGUCGUUCGGAUGCAGGGGUCUAUGCCUGCAUAUACAAGAGCGCCGGUAGAAAGAUCGUACAGCGGUUUGAAUUAACGCAAAGAGGUGAAGCUUCAGUCAGUGAAAGCAUAUCAGGUAGCACUUCUGUUCGAGUUGCCUGUGGUGGAACAGCCAAACUACAUUGUGUCGUCAAGGCUCGCAAGCCAUCCAAGGCGAUAUGGAUGGAUAAGAGGGGACGAUAUGUAUCUGUUGGCAAGACAAGCCUCAGAAAUAGAUACAAGAGCUCUUAUGACAACGGAUCCUGGCAGUUAAAGAUUAGGAACGUAACCGAUAACGACUAUGGACAUUUUACGUGCAUGGUGAAGGGUGACACGGUGAUGGCCGUGGAUGUGUUCCUGAACAGAAAAGGAAACACGUCUUUGUGUUCGUCAGUCCUCGGGGAUUACACAGAAAACACGACUUCGCCAACCAAUUCAACGCAGAAAAGCGAUGGAGUUACUACACUCUCAACAAAACCAAGACCCUCUGACCCACAGACAACAGGUCUUGUCAUUCUUGGAGUUGGAAUAUGCGGAGUUCUGUCAGGAGUGAUAUGUGUCGUCGCAAUCUGUACUGUCAGAAGAAUCACGCAUCUGACCAGCACUGCCCUGAGACGGGUGGCCUACAAGGAGCCGAGAACAGAGGAAACAUCACUGUCAAGAUGGAACUUCAGCAUGUCUACUCAGUAUGAGUCAAGAAGCAGCGUGGCGCCACCUCUCGCCAACAUUAGGAACUAUCGCCGUAGCAGCAGCAUGGGUGCUACAACCGGCGUCCACGCAGCUAGCAGCAUGCACUCCUCCUACCCCUCGUCUGCCCCUCACUCCCUGCUGAUCCCUGGGGGCUGUGUGUGCGAACACGCGCCUGACGUCUCUCCAGAACACUCCGUUGUUGAGGAAGAAGAAACAACGGAUGCAGUUGCCGUGUAAAUAAUUCCUGUUUAUACACGGCCAAACUUUUAAUCUUUCACUUUUUACUGCUCAAUUAAUCCUUCAAUCAUAUUGGUCAUGAAGGAUGGCUCAGGCUGGUUUUGGUUCAAUGCCUUCAUGUGUAUGUCGGUUUGACGCAGUGGUCUGCUGUGGGUGAAAUGUGUUUUAGUAUGCGUUCAAAAUUAUUACACUUACAUAUAAGUAUAUUUGUAUAUAUGUGUGUGUGUGUGCUGCUCAACGCAUUGUUAACAUGGAUAUCCCCUCAGACGCAGUAUACUGACUCCUAGACGACCAGUCCUUGUUUUAUCCCCUUAUUGCCGAGCACAAGGCAGUACAAUUACAGUAUACUGCGUUUAUAACGAACACCCCUAUAACGAACUGAUGGAUAUGACGAACUUAUUUUUGCCCGGCCAUUUUCUGUAUAUAUGCUGUACAUAUGCUUAUAACGAACUCCGGUUAUAACGAACUAAAAUUAGUGGCCCCUUUGAGUUCGUUAUAACCGUAGAUUACUGUAGUUCCAUCUUUUUGAAUGACACGGUCGGGAAUAGAUCCACCGACCGUCCACUCUCCGGGCAGACGCUCUAUCCUCUUGACCACGAAGGCGAUGUUUGGCCACGUAGCGGUACGUGUAUUAUUUGGAUACCUUGAGACAGGGAAUACCCUCUGAAGGCAAGCAGGUAACACAACAAGUCUGAUCUUGACCCGCACUUGUCAAAUGUCUGAUUAUACUGGAGGUGCAGAUUGUUGUGAUUUGAUUUUAGCUUUCGUUAAAAAUGGCUCAAACGUUGUCAAGUGUUCAACUGGUCACGCUUCUCUAGCAGAAUAGUAGUGAGUGAGUGAGUGAGUAUGGUUUUACGCCGCUUUUAGCAACAUUCCAGCAAUAUCACGGCGGGGGACACUAGAAAUGGGCUUCACACAUUGCACCCGUGUGGAUUUGAACCCGGGCGUGACGAGCGAACGCUUUAACCACAAGGCUACCCCACCGCCCCCUCUCCGAAUAGUAAAAGUGCAUGGUUCAAUGUGAGCCCUAUGUUUUUGUGUAAGGUUUAUUUUCAUCAAAAAUAACUUCAAGGUAUACGGAAACACAUACCGCAUAAGACUUUAAAAAAACAGUGUUCCUGUCUCAGGGUGCUUGUAGUCCUGGAAUUAUAAGUAUUUAUUAUAGAGGCAUCUGGUUUGCCAAGACACGUUUAGCCGUGCACGUCAGCAAUAUUUCCGUAUCCACAUUAUACGAGCUGUAUUUGCUGCGGAAACAGAAAGUGAAAGCAAGACUGCCUGCCACAUCCAUGUACACAUGCCUCAAUGCUCGUAUUCAUGUUUUUUUCCUAAUUAUAGAAUUAAAGAGGCGCCAUAGAA